CUCUACUUUGAAAUGAAACUUUCCGUUUCUUUUUUAAAUCUGUUGACUCUAGUCUUUUUACUUCAAUGUAUUCACUUUGUUUAUGUGAAUGGAGAUUGCCCUGCAGGCUGGUCAUCGUUUACGGACUCGAAUGGAACCGAGUAUGGGUAUCAAGUGGUGUUGAAAAAUAACGUCAGCUAUUUUGAGGCAAGAAGGCUGUGUCUAGAUAUUAACAGUGAAAUUGUUGAUAUUCACAGCAGAGAGGAGAAUGAGUACAUGUAUAGUCUGGCCGCUGAUACAUCUGCUCAAAAUCUGUUUAUUGGAAUGCAUUAUAAACUUAACGAGACUUCUCGAACUUCUGAAGUUUAUUGUACUUGGACACCUGAUAUAAGUUGUGAUUUUGCAUAUUUUCAAAAUCAAUCGGAUCCACGUAGACAACAAUAUCCAUGGGUGCCAAUACCAAAGGCACAGAAUAAUGGAAAUCCUGUCGAAUGCGUAGAAAUUACUGACACAAGUCUGGGAAUAGGAACUCCAGCGUUUAUGUAUAACGACAUUGCUUGUGCUGAUAGACUUGAUGGAGCAGUCUGCAAAAUGACUUGUUCUAAUGGAAACAAUGCAGCAACAACUCUCGGAACUUCAACGACAUUAAAUGGACAGAAUGAAGCAACAAUUUCAACAACUGGAUCUGGAGGAAAUAAUCCUGGCCCAACACCCCCAACAAGAACAGGUGGCACAGGUAGCCCAGGAUUGCCCGGUUUGCCAGGAAAUGGAGGAAAUAAUCCAGGUCCACGCCCAACACCUCCAACAAGAACAGGUGGCACAGGUAGCCCAGGAUUGCCCGGUUUGCCAGGAAAUGGAGGAAAUAAUCCAGGUCCACGCCCAACACCUCCAACAAGAACAGGUGGCACAGGUGCCCCAGGCCUUCCAGGCAAAUAUAAUUUAAUAAAUUAA